CUCCUACUUCCCGUUGCCAACCGUUGCUCUAUUUGUACAAAUUGGCGUCCUCUUCUUCUUCUGCCUCUUCAUAAAAUACAAAAAAGAUAAUCCUCCCAUUCUCCGCUUUCACUCGCUCAGAGAACUAUCCAUGGCGGCUUCUUCUUCUUCUUCUUAUCUUCUCUGUCUCAUUUCUCUCGUAUAUCUCCUUAUCUCCUUACUGUCCAUCCCCUCCAACGCCACCAUUACUAUCCCUCUCUCUUUCUCCACCAAAUUCCCAUCAUCGGAUCCGGUUCAGAUCCUUAACCACCUUGCUACAGCUUCACUCACCAGAGCCCAACGCCUGAAACUACCCAAGAAGAUUCAGACCAACGAUACUGCUACUCUCUCUUCUUCCCUCGUCAAAACACCUCUCUUCGCUCACAGCUAUGGCGGAUACUCAAUUUCCCUCAGCUUCGGCACGCCGCCGCAGACCGUACCUUUCGUCUUCGAUACCGGCAGCAGCCUUGUCUGGUUCCCAUGCACCUCUCGCUAUCUCUGCUCCAAAUGUUUUUUCCCCAACAUUGACCCGAAUCAAAUCCCAGCGUUUAUUCCCAAACUCUCUUCUUCUUCCAAGCUCGUCGGCUGCCAGAACCUCAAAUGCUCUUGGAUUUUCGGCUCAGAUCUUCAAUCUCGCUGCCAAGGCUGCGAUCCGAAUCUCCGGAAUUGUACUCAGGCUUGUCCUCCUUAUAUACUUCAGUAUGGUUUAGGUUCCACAGCUGGACUUUUGCUCUCCGAAACGCUUGAUUUUCCAGAUCAAACCGUACCCAAUUUCCUCGUUGGGUGCUCCAUUUUGUCCAGCCGCCAACCCGCCGGCAUUGCCGGAUUCGGCCGCAAUCCAGAAUCUCUUCCCUCACAGAUGCGUCUUAAGAAGUUCUCUUACUGUUUAGUGUCUCGCAGGUUCGACGAGACGCCGGUGAGCAGCAACCUCGUGUUGGAAACCGGGUCGGGUAAAGCCCAUGACAAAAUCAGAGAUGUUAGCUACACUCCGUUCCUGAAGAAUCCAUCAGUCUCCAAUAUAGCUUUCCAGGAUUACUACUACGUCUCUCUCCGCAAAAUAAUUAUCGGCGACAAGCACGUGAAGAUUCCGUACAGCCUCCUGGUUCCCGGACCCGACGGGAAUGGCGGGACCAUCGUCGACUCUGGAUCAACCUUCACCUUCAUGGAGCGGCCGGUUUUCGAGGCGGUGGCUAAAGAAUUCGAGGCCCAGAUGCGAAACUUCAGCCGGUCCACCGCCGUCGAAACCCAGUCCGGGUUAAGCCCUUGCUUCAACAUCUCCGGCGAGAAAUCGAUGCGUGUGCCGAAGCUGAUUUUUCAGUUCAAAGGCGGAGCUAAAAUGGUGCUGCCAUCUUCCAAUUACUUAGCGUUCAUCGGAAAACCAGCGGCGGUGUGUUUGAUGAUUGUCUCCGAUAACGCCGUCGACGAAUCCGCCGGAAGCCUCGGGCCGGCGAUCAUUCUGGGUAACUUCCAGCAGCAGAAUUUCUACGUGGAAUUUGAUUUGGGUAAGCAGAGGUUCGGGUUUGCGAAACAGAGAUGCGCAUGAGCUGCGAUUGUUUUUUUCUAUUCCAUUUUCAGAAUUAAUUGAUAAAAAGAGUAGAAAGUAGAAGGGAAUCUGAAAUGGUGUUAAAUGGGAAUAAUUAAACUGAAAGGGGUAAGAAAAAAACAGUGACGGAGAAGAUGGAGAUGCAAGGGGGGAGGAGGAGGGGACAGUAUUAUGGUUAUAGGAAUUUUGUUCUAAUCAUUGUUUCAGAAAGUUGGCAAAUAAUUAUCUUGCAUUAUAAAUAUUUAGUAAAUGUUAUAUGUAUGUGGUGUAUUAAACUAUUAA